CGCAAAAAACUUAACAAAAUUGACGAAGUGAGCUGUCACUAGUACAUCGAAGAAUCAUCUUGAUUUUCUAAAACAAAAGUUUGUUUUCUGCAUUCUCAAUCUAUAUCUAACAGUAUUUAUAUUCUAAAAAAUGUUUCGAGCUAAUAAUUUUGACAAAUUACUAGACAAAGCGACAAGUAAUCUACGCUUAGACCCUGAUUGGCCCUCUAUCUUACAAAUUUGCGAUUUAAUUAGACAAAAUGACUGUUCACCUAAAUAUGCAGUAGCAGCUGUAAAAAAGAAGCUUUACUCACAGAACCCUCACCAGGCUAUGUUUGCUCUCCUAGUUCUAGAGAGUAUUGUAAAAAACUGUGGCUCAGGAGUCCACGAUGAAGUGGCUUCAAAGGUAUUCUGUGAAAUGCUGCGCGAUUUGGUGAAGACCACACAGCAUGAAAAUUUGCGCACCAAGAUUCUGGAUCUGAUACAAGCUUGGGCUUUCGCCUUCCGAAACACACCCAAGUACAGAGCUGUCCAGGACACAGUUAAUAUUUUGAAGGCUGAAGGGCACAAAUUCCCUCCAUUAAAGGAAUCUGACGCCAUGUUUUCUGCAGACACAGCCCCAGAGUGGGCCAAUGGAGAAGUUUGCCACAGAUGCCGAGUAGCUUUCACAUUGAUGGUGCGUAAACACCACUGCCGCGCUUGCGGUCAAGUUUUCUGUCAGCAGUGCAGUUCAAAGACAUCCACUUUACCUAAAUUUGGUAUCGAAAAAGAGGUUCGAGUCUGUGAUGCCUGUUUUGACAAAGUAAGCCGUCCACCAUCUUCUACUGCAAAGUUGGAAAUUGUUGACACCUCAAAUGACUAUGGGCCUGCAGCUCAACCUCAGAAACGGCCAGGCAAAACUGCAGAGGAACUUCAAGAGGAGGAGGAACUGCAGCUUGCCCUCGCUCUCAGCCAGUCCGAGGCUGAGCAUAAGGAGAAAGAGCGCAAAUCUCGUCCCUACAUAGCACCUGAAACCAGCUUGCACCCUCCAAUAUCACCGACCCCGUCAUCAGUGAGCGCGUCUCCGGAACACAGCACGACGACCAACUCGGAGCUGUCGCGGUACUUGGACAGGAACUACUGGGAGCAGCGACUGUCGCGCGACACGGCCAACGCGCCCACCGCGCCGUCGUCGCACGGCACCAGCGAUAUAGCUGAGCAAGAAGUCGCCAAACCUUCUACCACCAAAGAUCAAGACGAAGAAGCGGAAGACAAAGAAAUAGACGAAUUCGUUGAAACACUCAAAUCUCAAGUAGAAAUAUUUGUCAAUAGAAUGAAGAGCAAUUCAUCGCGUGGGCGCUCAAUCGCCAACGACACGUCCGUGCAAACUCUGUUCAUGAACAUAACCGCGAUGCACUCCAAAUUGUUGCGCUACAUCCAGCAGCAGGACGACAAGCGAGUGUACUUGGAGAGCUUACAGGACAAAAUAGCGCAAGUGCGUGACAGCCGUGCGGCACUCGAUACGUUACGCGCGGAACACGCAGCCAGACUGGCGCAGGCGGCCGAGGCGGCGGAGAGACAACGCCAGAUGCAAAUGGCGGCCAAGCUGCAGGCCAUGCGGAAGAAGAAGCACGAGUACCUGCAGUAUCAGCGGCAGCUGGCGUUGCAGAGGGUGCAGGAACAAGAAAGGGAGAUGCAAAUGAGGCAAGAGCAGCAGAAGCACCAAUACAUGAUGUCUGCGAACAGUGGUUUCUACAUGCCUGGUGUUUCCAUGAUGCAUUACCAACCGACGGCAGGCGGAUAUCAGAACCAACCGCCCUACGCCAACCCGCAGUUCCACCCUCAAAUGAUGCCCCAAGCCACCACUGACGGCAGUGUACCAAUGCCUGGACAACCUCAAAUGUCGCAAGCCAAUUUACCCUUAAACGUUAACCAAGUAUCUCAAUCUAUGCCACAAAUGACGAACACGUACGCUAUGUCCACGUCGGGCAUGGCGUUAAGUCAACCAGCGGCUGGCAUCCAAGCCCCAAUGAACCAACCCAAUCUCCGACCAGGAAUGAGCCAGCAGUUACCUCACCAACAGCAGAUGAUGAUGCAGCAAAUGCAACAGAUGCGUAUGCCAAAUCAACCUGGCAUUCACCAAAUCAUGCCGCCAAAUAUGCCCAACGGUCUCCCCGGCCAGAACUUACCUCAGCAGAAUCAGCAACCCAAUCAGUUACCAAAACAAAAUUUACCAAAUCAACCCCAGCAAUCUCCAAUGAUGCCCCCCAUGACUAUCAGCCAACCAUUAAACCAACAGACCAACCCUAACAAUCCAAUGUUUGGAAUGCAAAUGCCAAACAUGAGAAUGCCUCUAAUGCAAGGCAGUCAUCCAAAUAAUAACCAAGUUCCAGUAUCAGGGUAUCCAAUGAAUAUUCAAAAUCCGCAAAACAAUCAGCAAGCAGGACCACAGAUGCCAAAUAUGCAACAAAUGCCACUACCUGGACAAGCUGGGCCGUUACCUGGCCAACAAAUGGGCCCACAAAUGAUGCAAGGCCAAUUACCUGGACAGAAUCCACAGUUACCACCGGGACAAUCUCAAGUCCAAGGACAGCAGAUGCAGCAGCAACCUCAGAUGACACAAGGACAAACAAUGCCAAUGCCGAGUAAUCCGACUCAGUCGCAAGGCCAACAAGCGAUGAUGCAAGGACAACCAAUGCAACAACAAGGUCCAAACAUGCAGCAGCCAAAUCAGCAAGUAAUGAACCAGGGUCAGCAAAUGCUUCCGAAUAUGCCGGGCAACCCACAAGGACAACAAAUGCCGCAUCACAUGAUGGCAGGUGCUCCUCAACAGGUUCCACAAAUGCCUCAACAAGGCCCGGUGCCUCAACAAAUGCCUACUCAAAACCAGCAGCAGGGAAUACCACAAAAUAUGCAAGGGCCACCUAUGAAAGUGCAGCAGAACUUUGGGAACGGGCCACCUAGCCAGCAAGCCUCAGCACAGAACCAACUACCCCAACCCCAGCAGACAUCCAUAAAGUCUGAACACAACAACAACACUGCAGAACUAAUAAGUUUUGAUUGAAGCUAAAAUAUUCUGGUCUGUGGAGAAAUCUAUUUAUUAGACUGUUUAGUUGUAAUAUUGAGAAGAAUUUCGACAAGUUGGCAAUAUGUAAUUCAUUUAGGAAUGUGAUAUGGUGUUAAUUUUUGUCUAAUUUUAAGCAUGUACUCAUUCAGCUUUUAAAAUUUUUAAUGUUGAUCUAUUGUUAAAAUUAGAGUAUGGUCCAUCCCAAAUUUCAGGGAAUAACACAACAUCACACCCUUACGUUAUAAACAAAAUAUGAUUCACAGGCAGUAGUCAAUUUAGGUUUUAGAAAAAAGGCCUUGUAAUCUAUGUAAAUGUGCUAAAUGUAAAAAUAUAUGUCGUAUGUACGUAGUUAACUUAGAUAAUAUUAAUAUAAAAAUAAAAAGGUAUAAUUAUUAUUAUAGAAAUUCAAAAAUAUUUUAUUUUCUUUGCAAAUAAUAUUGUUUUUUAAUAUUUACAUCUAAGUUAUGAUUUAUUUAACGUAUGCUACAAAUAAAAUCCUACAA